AUGGCGGUGGCGGCGCUCAGUCAGUAUGACUACAUAUUCGCCCUUACCACCAUUUUUGCUUUUCUCGAUGCGUGGAACAUCGGUGCCAAUGAUGUAGCCAACUCGUUCGCAACGUCCGUGUCCUCGCGGUCGUUGACCAUGAAGCAAGCCAUGGCUAUUGCGGCCGUCAUGGAAUUUGCCGGAGCUGUAAGUGUGGGAUCGAGAGUCGCCGCCACCAUCCGCAGCAAGAUCAUCGAGCCUCAUCUUUACGACGAGCAACCGGCUGUGCUACUUUUGGCCAUGAUGUGCGCAAUUAUCGGGUCCUCCACCUUCCUGACUUUCGCUACCAAGAUGGGCUUUCCCGUCAGCACUACGCACUCCAUCAUCGGCGGACUCGUUGGAGCAGGCGCAGCCUCAAUCGGCAUCAAGCAAGUCAACUGGGAAUGGGAUGGUGUCUCGUCCAUCUUCGCAGCAUGGGUCAUUGCUCCUGGUAUCGCUGGCACUGUCGGUGCUGCACUGUUUCUCAUCACCAAAUAUUUUAUCAUGACACGACGCCACGCCGUCCGAAACGCUUUCUACUCAAUACCUGUCUAUACGUUCAUCACCAUCGGCGCUCUUGUCAUGUUGGUUGUCUGGAAAGGCAUUCAGCUCGAGGUCUCUUUGAGCAAUACCGAAAUUGCGGUCUGCGUUGUUACUGUUGCCGGCGGCCUCACCGCUCUAGAGUGCUUCUUUCUACUUCCUUUCCUCUGGCGCCGCAUCAUGCACGAAGACUGGGAGCUGAGAUGGUAUCACUGCUUACAAGGCCCAUGGCUACUCAAGCGCCCUCCUCCCUCACGCCCCCCACCUGGCACCAACGCCCUGAACAUAAAAGACUACUAUCGCGGACACCUCACCAAGGAGGAGCUCGAAACCAUCCGCGCCAGCGAAAGUCUCCUUGAAUCCGCCAAAUCCCCCGACUCCCACGCCCGCACCGACUCCGAGGCCGAUUCCGCCAUCACUACCGCCCUCCCCAGCCCGGCCAUCCAGGCCUCCACCCUGACCCGGCGCUCCACCACCGACGCCGGCCCACCCCUCCGCCCCCUCGGCCCCUGGCACUCCGCGCCCGUCCUCCUCUGGCGCUUCAAGCGCAUCACCCUCCGCGGCCUCGAGCAAGACGUGAUCCGCCUGCAAAAACGGCACCCGCAGUCCAUCCUCAACUACAAGAUCGAGGACAUGCACGCGCGUGCGCCCCGCUACGACAACCGGGCCGAAUACAUGUACUCGGCCCUGCAGAUCCUGACCGCCGCCUCCGCCAGCUUCAUCCACGGCGCCAGCGACGUCAGCAACGCCAUCGCGCCUUUCACGUCCGCGUUCCUCAUCUGGCGCACGGGUCUCAUCGCGGACGAAGUCCAUGUUCCGCUCUGGGUGCUUGCAUUCGGCGGCGCGGGCAUCUCCUUGGGGUUGCUGACGUAUGGCUACCAUGUCAUGCGCAAUCUGGGGAACCGCCUAACGCUCAUGUCGCCGAGCAGGGGCUUCUGUAUGGAGCUGGCUGGCGGAAUUACGGUGCUGAUGGCAACGAGGCUGGCGAUUCCGGUCAGUAGCACGCAGUGUAUUGCGGGUGCGGCGAUCGGCGUGGGGCUGGCAAACGGGGAUUGGAGGGCCAUCAAUGUGAGGUUGGUGGGCUGGAUUUAUCUGGGUUGGCUUAUCACUGUGCCCGUGACGGGGCUUAUUGCGGGCGGGCUGAUGGGGAUUAUUCUUUGGGCGCCUAGGUGGUGA